AUGCCUCCAAAAUUCGACCCAAACGAAGUUAAAUACUUAUACUUAAGAGCUGUCGGUGGUGAAGUUGGUGCUUCUGCUGCUUUAGCUCCAAAGAUUGGUCCAUUAGGUUUAUCUCCAAAGAAGGUUGGUGAAGAUAUUGCUAAGGCUACCAAGCAAUUCAAGGGUAUUAAGGUUACUGUCCAAUUGAAGAUUCAAAACAGACAAGCCACUGCUUCCGUUGUUCCAUCUGCUUCUUCCUUAGUUAUCACUGCUUUGAAGGAACCACCAAGAGACAGAAAGAAGGACAAGAAUGUCAAGCAUAACGGUAACAUCCCAUUAGAUGAAAUCAUUGAAAUUGCUAGACAAAUGCAAGAAAAGUCCUUUGGUAAAAACUUAGCUUCUGUUACUAAGGAAAUCUUAGGUACUGCUCAAUCUGUUGGUUGUCGUGUUGAUUUCAAGAACCCACAUGAUAUCAUUGAAGCUAUCAAUGCUGGUGAAAUUGAAAUUCCAGAAAACUAA